AUGACGUGGGGAGCAAUCGGAGUAGCAAAGUCAAGAGUCGUUUCUGAGGAAUCCCUCUUUACGUCCUCUGGCUUGGGCAAGAAGUUUUCUCUCGUUCCGGAUCCACAGUCUUGCGUUCCUCUACAAUGGGCGCACUUCGGCCCCGGCGCCAUAUCCAACGCACUCGCAGACACUCCCUGUACUUCUCUGGGUAUCAACGACCUGCUGGAUUUACUUAACGAUGUUCUCGGAACCAGCUACUCGCUGGGGAAGCCGGGACUACAGGAGUGCCUCGAACAUUUUCACCGCACCUCACGGGACUUUGGCCAAUUAUACGGCUCCCUGCGAGGCCACUGGCUACCCGACUUCACUGGAAAGCUCCCCAGCCUCAUCGAGGAGCAAGAGAGAGAUGAAGCGUCGCGACAGGACGCUCUGCGCGACGGCUACGUCGGAAGCCCGCGGAUGCUCCCCCGACGAGUAUGGGACCUCUACAGCAACCGUGUUCUGCCGCUCUCCACGCUCGCCUGGCAUGGACACGGAUUCCUCGCCAAAGUCUGGACCGUGUCGCACAGCUGGGUGCACGAAAGCGCGCGCACUGGUGUCUGGACCCCGGUUAAUGGCAACGAGUGGCCUGUUCCUGUUCCCAACGAUACAAAUGUCGAUCACGUCCGAGUCGAGCUCCUUAAUCUCGGGGCGGAGUACGCUUGGAUGGACGUUCUGUGUCUGAGGCAACGGGGACGUCCAGAAGACGAGGAGCGGAGGAAGAAGGAGUGGAAGCUCGACGUCCCUACCCUCGGCUACAUAUACGCAGGGAACCUGCCAUGUAUCACAUAUUUCAACGGCCUCGGCCUUCCCUUCGACCCUUCCCCUGCAACGUUCUCCUCCGACCGACACUGGGUAAAUCGUGUCUGGACGGUCCAAGAGGCCACAGAGAACUGGCUGCCUGGCGGACUUACUGGCGCAAUGUCCGCAAACGUGCUAUACUUCUUCCGAGAGCUUCUUCCGCGGUCGCUUCCUCUCGUACGUACGGGCGAGGAAGACCGCCUGGCCUUUGCGCUUCGGACCAUGCAGGGACGUCACUGCACCGCGGAGCUCGACAGGAUCCACGGUCUUGCGUACAUGCUAGACUGCGACACACUCCCGGUGUACGACGAAGGGAUGACGCCCGAGCUCGCGUGGAGCGUGCUUCUCAAGCAUGUGGACUCAGUUUCGCGAUUACGGAUCUCCAUGCACCACAUGAAGCACCACCCGGACGACACUUCGCUGUUCCCUUCGUGGCAUCAGUUCAUGCACCGCGGGACGGAGGGUCCUGCUCGCUUCACGGGUUCGAAUGCUCCCGGACUGUUCCUUCUGGACACCUCGCGCCUUCCCACACCUCAGCCGGGAACUUACCUCUUUCAGGCCCCGUCAUACGGUCCCGUUCGUGUAGUCCGCGAGGGCAAUAAAGGCGCGCGCGGCUCUGAGACCGUCGAACUCGAAGGGCAAGACGCGGGCGACAAGCCCUCCUACCGGCAGACUCUACAAUGUAAGAUCGGCGGUACACUCUCGCGAGACACGGAAUACACCGUAUUGAAGUUCAGCUCGGACUUAUGGCUCGUUGUAGAGGUGGUUGGGAGGCGACAGGUUGAUGGUUCCGCUGCGCUCGAGGUAGUCAAGCAGGGAAGUAUAUUUCCUUCGUCAGACCCGCUGCUGUCCGAUCGAUGGGAGCUAGUCGUGUGCCUUUCGGAUGAAGAGACUCGAGAGGUAGAUAGAUAG